CGUCUACUUAUCCGUCACAGCACCAUCAACUACUCCAAUAAAUUUUCCUCCAAAAAGAAGCAAUCCUUCUCGAGUUAUCUACGCGCACACAAUAAAUUCAUACAUGUCGGUCCAAAAGAAGCUCGUCAGAAGGCAAAUGGAGCCACAGGAGUCGUCGUCGUCAGACUCGGUCCGCCUCCGGCCGGCCCAGCCAACCCCGCUAGCUGCCCUACUCGGCCGCGCCGCCGGUCCCCGCGGGGGCCCCUCCGUGCUGGUCCGUGGAACGGCCGCACUCCAUCUCCAGGAGCGGCGGGCCGAUUGGGCUUACUCCCGGCCUGUGGUGGUGCUCGACAUCGCCUGGAACCUGGUCUUCACCGCCGCCUCCGCCGCCGUGCUCUGCGCCACCACUCACGAGCGGCCCAACACCCCGGUCCGUGUCUGGCUCCUGGGAUACGCGCUCCAGUGCUUGAUUCACGUGGUGUUCGUCUGGGGGGAAUACAGCCGGCGGCGGCGGCGGAGCGGUGGAGAAAGGAGGCUAGAAGGUGGGGGAGGCGACGGGGAGCAGACGCUGUCGGAAUCUGAUGCGAUGGAUAGCGAGGACGAUGCAGCUCCUCCUGAAGUUGGAAGUGGACGCCGUGCUAGCAUUGCCAAACGAUGUGAAUCUAUUAAUACUAUGGCUUCCUUUAUUUGGUGGAUUGUUGGCUUUUGUUGGGUGGUCUCCGGUGGUGAAGCUCUCUUAAAGAAUGCUCCAACACUCUACUGGUUGACUGUGGUUUUUCUCACAUUUGAUGCACUCUUUGCAAUCUUCUGUAUUGCUUUGGCCUGCAUCAUUGGAAUUGCACUCUGCUGUUGCUUGCCUUGUGUCAUCGCAAUACUUUGUGCUGUGAUAGGCCAGGAAGGUGCAUCGGAUUCAGAUAUCAGCAUCCUUCCAAGAUAUAGGUAUUCUGAACCUUGUAGUGAUGGACAGAAGACAUUUGAGGAAGGAUUAAUGGUUCCAAUUUUAAACAACCAUGAUAUUUCGACGGGUGAACGUGUUCUUCUGCGUGAGGAUGCGGACUGUUGUAUAUGUCUUUCUUCAUAUGAAGAUGGAACACUAUUACUUGCUCUUCCCUGCAAUCAUCAUUUCCACUCUUCAUGCAUUGUCAAAUGGCUUCGUAUCAAUGCAACUUGCCCUCUUUGCAAAUAUCACAUCCUCGAUGGCUGACUAUACUGAUGGACUAGAAUCAGCUUAAUCAUGCUGUUUCAUGGUGUAAAUACUUGGUAGCAAAUGUAAAGCCUCUUCUAAGAUUGAAGAGAGAGUUUCUGAAAGGCCGUAGACUUAGCAUGCUCUCUAGCUUAUAAAUUUCUUCUAUGCAAAAGGCCCUUUCUCCGAGAAGAGGAUAUCUACAAACUCUUUAUGCAUCUUUUUGGUAUUCCAAAACCUUGUAUUGUAUGACUGUAACAUUCCAGUGAGUUAAGGAUGUAAAUAGAUCUGUUAUACAUCUUACGUUUCUGUUA